UCACAAGAAACACUGCACGAUCGGAGUCCUGAGUGCUGAGAAGUAGAUGUUGCUUGGAGGUGCGAGAAAGGCGUCUUUAGCGAAUCGAGUUUUGCUUCUACUUUGCUUUAAAAAUAUAAUGUUGUGUGAUGGCUGAUACUGGAUAACUUACUUCUCAUCACCUUCGAAACUUUGUUGACCGGGUUACUAGAGCCGCACACUGCCGAAGCCCAGAAACAAACACCUUCGCCUUCUUUGUUUACACCGGUCAUGAACUUGAUAUUUUCCUGCAGUAGUUGGAGAAUGUGAAGCCGGCACCAUGCAGCUGUUUCCCUUAGAGGUGUUCCCCACAGGAACGUUCUCUACCCAAACCUUUUCAUCGGAACUGUACUCCGACGAGGACCUCUACCUAUCCGAGACUUAUGAACAGGACGACGUUUACAACGCCACAAGGCCCAUCCACCCACGAUGUACCUACAAGGAGGACUUCAAACGCAUCCUGCUCCCUGCAGUCUACACCGCGGUCUUCCUGGUCGGCCUGCCGUUGAACGCCGUGGUCAUGCUGAAGAUCUCCAGGACGAGAACCAACCUGAGCCGCAGCAACAUCUACAUGCUCAACCUGGCCACGGCGGACUUCCUGUAUGUGCUGUCACUUCCUCUGCUCAUCUACAACUACGCCAGCCACGAUUACUGGCCCUUUGGGGAACUGGCCUGCAAACUGGUCAGGUUUCAGUUCUACAGUAACCUCCAUGGCAGUAUCUUGUUCCUGACCUGCAUCAGCUUACAGCGCUACCUGGGCAUCUGCCACCCCCUGGCCAGCUGGCAUAAGCAGGGUGGCCGCAGGCUGGCCUGGAGGGUGUGCCUGGCCGUGUGGCUGGUCGUCGCCGUCCUCUGUGCCCCCACCUUGCACUUCGCCGCCACAGGAAAGCAGCGCAACCGCACGGUCUGCUACGACAUGAGCCCGCCAGACCGCUCAUCCAGUUACUACCCCUACGGGAUGGCACUCACCUGCCUGGGCUUCCUCUUGCCUUUCACAGCCGUGGUGGCAUGCUACUGCCGCAUGGCCUGCAUCUUGUGCCGGCCGGCAACCUGCGGGGACGUUUCCGUGGCGGCCGGGGCGAAACGCGACAGGGCGGUGCGGAUGAUCGUGGUGGUGGUGGCAGUGUUCGCCAUCAGCUUCCUGCCCUUUCACGUCACCAAGACCAUGUAUCUGCUGGUGCGCACCCUGCCGGGGGCUCCCUGCCACACGAGGAACCUGUUCUCCAUCGUCUACAAGUGCACCCGGCCCUUCGCCAGCAUGAACAGUGUUCUAGACCCCAUCCUGUUCUACUUCACCCAGCCUCGCUUCCGCAAGAGCACCAGGAAGCUGGUGCUCAAGGUCACCUCGCACAGGACCAAGGGAACCCAGGUGUGAGACCGACCCCCUUGGAGAACCUGCAAGGUAGAUCCCAGAAGCUUGUCGCCUGGAGACACUCUGGAAAUGUCCUGCUUUCUCCUUGUGAAGCAAAGAGCAACAGGAGACGCAUACUCACCCUCCAACAAUGUCCUCAGUGUAGGAGUAGCCGAGCAUGGAGAGAGACAAGAGGGAGGAGAGUUUCGUGAAAAUGGUUGCUGUUUGGGUCCCGAGAACUGUACAUGCUGUGGUGUGUGUGUGUGUGUGCUUGUAACUGCACAAGCAGCUGUAUUACACUUGUGGCCAUGCUAAAAUGCAUGAAGUACUUAGAUUUCUCGGUUGAAAUGUUUCUUUCGGUUGCACGACCUGCUGUUCACUAAUUUCACCACAUAGUGGUGUAUGUGUCUUACUUAUUUGUUGCACUGAAACGCCUGCACUCAUUCACAAAGCCCUGUUCCAGUAGGUCUUUCCUCUGUGUGAUGUUCUCAAAGAUUGAAAAAAAGGAGAGAAGAUUAGAUUAUAAUUUAGAUUCCAUGGUGUGUGUUCAUUUCCACAGUCAAGCUAGGUCAGUGACUGCACUGAGUGAAUAGUUAGAGGGAAUGUGAUUUGGAGGCAGCAGUUCCAUUGAUUUAACAGCGUUUGUGUGGAUGGAAGUUGUAUGGAUGGAACUGUGGUUUGAUGUACUUCCCAUGUGUAACCUUCCCGUUAAAAGGGAUCUUCACCUUGCUAUUGUAAGCACUAUGACGUCCUAGGAUAGGCAUGUCUACAUUAGGACCUGCUGCUGUACUCUGGAAUUGCUCACUGACAUUGUCAAAUGUUGGCUUGUCGUUAACACUUGAAUCAAUUUGUGUUCUUUUUAUCUUGUAAUUUGGUCAUUUUAAUAGCUUAGGCAAUUUGGCCAAAUUUGGCCAUCAUGUUUGUGAUGUAAUUUAAUGGCUAAGAAUCUCAUUUUGUUUGGUGUACUGAAAAAACUAUGUGGAGCAAAACUAUCUGUGUCUUUGCACACAUCAUCAACUGAAUAUAACCUAGUACUGAUAUUUAUUGGUUUGUUUUGGUCAAGUGUGUGUGAUAAUGUGAGUCUUUGUUCACAACUCUGUUUGGAAUGUAACGUGUGUGUGAUACCUGAUUUGAAGCUGUCUAUGUAUAUUAAGAUGAGGAAGAUUUGUGUUUCAGUGUCAGUAUUAAAGUUCAUUUUUAUAAUA